CUCCUGCCCCCUCGUGGGCCCGCGUCUCUCGUUCGCUGCCCUUGGCGAAGACGAAAAGAAUUGCGGCCGCCAGCUCGCCUUCUUCCUCUUCUCUCCUUUUCCCACUCGAUAGGGAAGAAGGCGAAGAACUAAGACCGAAGGGGCAAAGAUGAGGUCCGACUCUCCCACCGCCCGUCGAAUCGUUCUCGCUUUCUUAGAUUUCCUCAAAUCCGUCGAACUGGCUCCUGGAGCUGAUUCUGAAGCACUUGAUGUUGUCAGAGAGUGUUUGCAAGAAGUGUUUAAGGUCAAUUCAUCCACCACUGCUGAUGGGAUACAGCCUGGUUUUUUAUCAGACCUAUUCGCUUCACAGGAAGCUGGUGAACAGCAUAGUCUAAGACCAGAUCGGGACUCUGUUGCAAAAUCUUGUGCCACCUCAUCUUCCCAAAGCAUUGAAGAUUCCAAAACUUUAAAGGCAUCAACUAGAGAAGAUUCCACUAGAGAUUCCGAUGACUUAGGAAGCAUGCCCAGAGAUGAACUAUUUGGAAGAUUCUAUGCUGCACUUGACAAAAUCAAUUUUUUUACGAGCUCGCCUGGUUCAGUCGAAGACCCUGAUCAAAUUGCAAAAGCAACACGGUUCUUUAAUGAAGCUGUAGCAGAAAUUGGGAAUUCUCAGGGACAAAUAAUGAACUUGGGCAGCCUUGCUGAAGCCUUUAAGUCAAAAGGUAAUCAAUCCAUGCAGAUGAAGUUAUACUCUGAAGCUAUCGAACUAUAUACCUGUGCCAUAGCAGUCUGUGAGAAGAAUGCUGUUUACUAUUGUAACAGGGCUGCUGCUUACACCCAGAUUCACAGAUAUGAUGAAGCAAUUGAAGACUGCUUAAAGUCCAGUGAAAUUGAUCCUAAUUACAGCAAAGCAUAUAGCCGUCUUGGAUCAGCUUAUUUUGCCAAGGGAAAUUACAAUGAUGCUUUAAAUAAGGGCUACUUGAAAGCCUUGCAGUUGGAUCCAGGUAACAAUGCUGUUCGAGAGAAUAUUCAGGUGUGCGUACAGAAACUGAUGGAACAACGUGCACAGGCAGAUCCAGAUCAGAACACAAGAUCACACCAUGGCCAAGAAUCAACUUCACAUUCAGGGUCAACAAACAGCAGCUUUUCAUUCCCAUCAUUUCCAUUUGGUGCCUCUCCAGAUCUUGUGGCCAACAUUUUGAGGAACAUGACAGGUCAUGGCCAACAAUCAACUUCGCAGUCUGCAGGUUCAGCCAACAGCAGUGUCCCAUUCACGUCUUUCCCUGUCAACAUUCCUCCUGAAAUUGCCAACAUGAUAGGGAACAUAGCCGAAGCUACCCAGGGUCACCAGGGGCAUGAGAGAAUGCCCAAUGGAAAUGUAGAGGGCUCAAAUGAACCGGGUAUAAGACUGGAUGCAAAUAUCAACUUGGACAUCGGAGAUUCACCAGAACAGGUGUCGGAUGUGUUGAGGUCUAUGAUGGAGAUGUUUUCACCACAGCUCAGGUCACAAGGAGGCAUGCCUCGAGGUUCAGAUCAAGCUCAAGGAACUGAGGACUGAAAAGGUUUUGCUUUUCAAAAAUCGGUAACUGAUGUACCAAAGCUUGUGCAUACAUCAUAGGUUGCCCGUCUCUUGUGACGUUGGCAAAAAUUUCUUCGUUAUUAAAUGCUAAAGGUUUUGCCUUCACCCCCAGAAAAAAGAUUUGCCAACUUUUCUGCUCUGCUUUCGGUUGGUGGCAUUGUAAUUGUUGGAUCAUAAGCCAGUUAAAAUAUAUAAUCCAAAAUGGUAGCGAUGUAUCACCAACCCUCUUCAUAUUUUGAACUCUGGGCAUUUUACUGUGACAGCAAACUAAUUGCCUUAAACAAUAGAUGGCCAAAUUGCCUUAAACUUUCUAA